AUGGUUCGUGUGACGGACGACCUGGCGCUCUCGCCAGACGCCCUUUCUCUGUAUUAUGCCUCUGAUCCGCUGCUCGGCCACCUCCCCGUCCUCAUAUUCCACGGGCCUUCGACGACAGCCAACUACACCCUCAACACCUCUCGCGUCCAAAUACACAUCCUGUCGUCUGCGGGGUUUCAGUCGUUUCCUCGAAUCACCAUCUCCCCGAGCUCGCCCUUUUACGGAGUCGUCGAUCAUCUACCCCGAGAGAUUCAGGUCGACGAGGUAUUCCGUGGGUUGGCCUUUGGCCUGUUCAAAUACUUCUCAGAGCUCCCCGAUGGAGUCAAAGGCUAUCUCAAGAAUUUAUAUCCGACCAGGGGGAAGCGCCCCGGUACCGCCUCGGCUCUCUUUGGCGAACAACAUGCUGCCGCUUUGGUCGCAUCCAUGGUCAAAAGUGACAACGCGGCCGAAGUGAUUGCCUCGCUGCAGGAUGCGCUUCAGACGCAGCAUAUCAAUAACGUGGAUCUCGAUUUUGUUCUCCCGCCAGGCGCGAUUGUGCCUCUGCAACCUGCCGACUUGGAAGACGUGCCAGACGACGAAGACGACAUAUUAGACCCGACGCUGAGACAGUAUGGCGGAUAUACAUCUCUUGUCAAGUUGUUCGGCGAGCCGGUGUUUUUACCAACAAAUAGGCUACGACGCGCGCCAUCGAAACCCACAUCAUUAAACCGAGGGAGAUUGUUCACCCAGGACCAAAAAUAUGAGCUCCGCAUGAAGCUAGCUGAGCUGGUCGACACGGAGGAAAGAUAUGUCAUGAAGCUUCGUGAACUGGUAAAUACUAUUGCCAAGGAUUUCCGGGAAAGUGCCAGGGCAAGACCAGAGGGAAGUCUCAGUCCUUCAGAAGAAGAAUUGGAAAGACUCUUUCCCCAAUCGGCAGAUCAGAUACUACAGCUGAAUUCUGCCUUCGUGGACCAGCUUCGCAAGAUUAUGGAUGAAACCGAGGAUGGGGCUCUCAGAGACAUGGACCAAGCUGCAUCGACUUUGGGCAGCAUGAAGAGUUCAGGUUCAGCUCGAGCAAAAGAUCCCAGUGGAGCCUUGAGCAUGGCUAGAUUAUUUCAUGAAUGGUUUCCAAAGUUUACCCAGAGCUAUCAGGAUUACAUCAAGGCUAGCCAGCACUUUCCUAUAUUGCUCAACUCUUUUCUUGACCAACAGUCCAGCUUUAGGCAAAGGGUAAACCAAACUGGCGAACAGACUGUCAGGUCUAUUCUUAUUGAACCCGUUCAGCGAUUGCCUCGAUACAGCCUCCUUAUUGAUCAAAUAGUUGGCUCUCUGCCAAUGACCCAUCCCGCGCUUCAGCCCAUGCUGAAGGCCAGAGAUAUUAUUACUAGUAUUUGUUCCAUGGACGACCCGUUGCCGGACCAGCCUCACGUUGCCAACAGACUUCGAAAUAUGGUUGAAUCGUGGCCAAGGGAUUUAGAGCCGCACGGUCGACUUAUAGUUGCGGCCGACUUCAUUGAACUUAUGCCUCCAUUCCAAGGUGGAACGAGCGACUUGGACAGCUCUGGCAUUUUCCUACUAUUCGCAGACUGCAUUAUUAUACUAAGAAAGAUUGGGUUCACAAUGACAGGGCGUGAUUUGCUCCGGGAAAUCGAUAAGCCAUCUGCUGCAGAGCUACUUAUUUCGAUGACGAAUGCUGCCGGCGGUCCGGCGUCGUAUGAAUUCGCAUUUACGGGCUGGCAUAGCCUUGCGGACGUGCGGUUUACUGAGUCGGAAGAUGGCUCGUUAGUGUGGAUGACGUCGACAAGAGAUAUGAAGGACGCACAUACCGGAGAAUACAAGAUUAGUAAGGCGCCCACAUCUCGGUGCUUCCUGCUUCAGGAGGCUUUCGAAGGCAAGGCUACCAAAUGGGGCGAAGAUGUAGUCAAGGCGCGAGUUGAGGCACGGUUCUCAGAAACUGAACGAGAGAACCCUUGUUGGACGCUCCGAUCAGUUCGUAUGCAGGAUAAUAACCUGGGACUGCAUGUGGCUGUCUUUCAAGAAGGCGCCCAUCAACUAGUCGAGGGUCGAAGAGAACCGGCCGCGAUUCGUGUGGUGGUAGAUCACGAGAAAGGCACAAAAGGAGCGCCGCCCGGCCACUACGGAGUCGAGAUAGUGAUCAAUGUGUCCAGCAACAACCUCAAGCGGGUUUCGAUGCUCACUGCUGGUCUCAAUGGGAAGCAAUUUGAAGAUGACAUCGACUUGGAGGACUUGCUCCCUACCAUGUCUCGUCGCAUCAUCCAGCUACUUAGCACCCAAUUCAAUGUUAGCAAUACCCACUUGACUGCUUCUAUGGUAUCCUAUUAUACCAAGACAAUACGAGGAUUGAAUUUCUCCACAAGGACUGAGAAAGGCCGAUCCUUCCUUGCAGCAUCACCUGUAAAGCUUCUUUCCAGCCUCUGGAAUGGAAGCGCAAGCAACUCUCCAGAUGUUGUUGUAUCUGGCGUGAAAUCCCAGCAGCAGCCAUCACUUCAUCGAGCGAAUAGCAUUCACUCCAUGUUUGGUUCGAUCAAAGGCAAGGACAGCCGCCCCGACACCGCUGAUGGGCGACCAGCGAAUCCCCUGCUCAGACUAGAGCAAACAUUUACUGGCUUUACCGCGGCUCUUCAGUCUCGAAAGGGCACCAUAAUUGGUCGUACAUUACUAAAUCGAUCGCUUGUCGAUGAGUUGUCGGUGAAUGAUAUAUACAACAGAUUCAUUGAAACUCCUUUUGAAUACGACGUCGCCUCCGAUAUAGGCACGGAAGUCGUAUUCGUUGCAUUCGAGAAAUUUCUGCAUAUUGCGUGGGCAGACCAGAUGGGCCCUGUCAUGACCAUGCAAGCAAUGGAUACUUUACUUGAAAGAGCUAACAAGAGGGUCCCUGGGAAUUUUGCCGACUUUGUGAAUUAUCUUUUCCGGGAUAUGGCACCGCAAAAUCGACGAGCCUUCAUCACCGUGAUCAAGCUGCUGGCUGACCUGUUGGACGGCUGUGGGAACGACAGCGACAGGGGCGCAUUGACUUUGGCAUUUGCUGAGCUUCUCGUCACUGAUGGCGAGGCUCACAACUACAUUAAUUUACUAGAUCGACUCGUCGAAGACUGCGAUAAGAUAUCUGAAGACCAAAGUGCACAUCAGAGCUUUAUUCUUGGUUCUUUUGUUUCCGAGUCUCUUGUGUCUGGCUACCGACAAGGCAAGGCUCACACUGGCUCAAUCACAUCCAAUGCGUCGUCACUUCGUCGCAAGUUUGGACUCAACGCCCUUCUUCGACAGAAUUCACAGGAUGAGCGACCAUCGGUAUGGCGAACCUUGAGCAAGCACAGGAAUCCCGCUACGGGCGAUACAUCCAGCUUAUCACGCGGCGCACACGGCAAGCUGUACAGAGCACAUUCAAUAGAUGACAACAGCCUACCGAAGCAACUGCACCGGCGUGGCAUGUCCCGAGACAGACCCCCCAUCGCAGGUGCAUUCGAUGAGACACCACAGCGCCCAACGAGCUCGCGCCGUUAUGAUUUCCCACUCGACACCAUCGGCGAGCCAUCCCCUACGGAGAGAAUAGUCUCAAAUACGAAGAACCCGAAAAAGAAGAGACGAAGCUCGCUGUCAGACCUCAAGAGUCUCAUGGCCGCCGCAACACUAGACGAACAGCCAUUCCAGCCAUUGCAAAGCACGAAGCAAACAUCUGGCAAGAUGAAUAACAACCCCAUCAGCCCCAAAUCAGCACCCCUUUCCAAGAUCCCCGUCAGUCCCAGCGCGGCUGAAGCCUUACGCGCCUCGAGGCAAAAGGAAAAAGAAAACCUCGCUGAUUCCUCUAAAAAGAUCGUCAGCCACGUAUCCGAACACUCCGGUGGUAAUUCUUCCAAAUCACCGGAAACCCCAUCCAGGAUUUACCGACACUCCAAAGCCCUGUCGGUAUCAAGCAUCCCUACACUUCGGCCUAGCAAGCUGGCGUCUGGUGCCGACUACCCAACUCGCCCCGUGAGUCCGACGCGAUCUAAUGCUCAACGCCUCCGGCUCCACUCGCCGCAAAAGCUCAGAGAGCGGCUUCAAUCUGAGAAGCAAUUCGCCCAGGAGGUUGAUUCCUCGCUCAAGAGCGAGCUGUCCAAGAUUGGGGACGAAAUGGCUCGGGUGAACAAAGCUCGGUCACCCAAUUCCCAGACGGACAUGUCUGGGUUCACUGCCUCGCUCAAAGAACUAGAGGAUCGGAUCGGCGUCAUGAUGAGAGAGUUGCGUGAACAGCAGGCCACGACGCAGAAGGAACUAGAUACUACGAUGAAGAGUACAGAGGCCAAAGUCCGCGCCAUCGACCAGCUUCAUAAAGAGGUAGUGGCGGAAAAUGAAUUACUCUACGAAAAGUUUAACGGGGAGUUGGGCAAAAUUAUCAAGGCUGUGAGAGGCAAAGGCAGGGAUGACAAGGAGGAGUUGGUGGCCAAGCUGAAGGAGCAAGGGGAGGAGACGGCGAGGGCGAAGAAGGAGAAUGCUCGCCUCAAGAGGGAAAUGGUGAGCCUGAAAACCAUGCUGCGAGGAGCAGACUAA